CAGUUUUAUUGGUCGGUACACAAAGCCUGGCCGUCAUUAAGUUAUAUUAAAAGCAGCAGGUUGUAAAUUAAGGAGUAACAUGCCUUUCCGGAGUUAUGUUACAAAUAAAGAUUUCGUAAAUCAGUUACAAAGCAAUUACUAAAAUCGCGCAACUACAGAAGUUAUAACAUAAAUCUCAGGCACUUAAGAUUAUAAUUUAAUUUAGAUUCGUAUUAGGUUCAUCAGCCAUUUGAAACUUUUGCCAAGGAAACUUUUGUGAUUCUUGAGCGUUUUGUUCGCAAGAAGACUGCAACCAUUGAUGAGAAACGCACAAUGUUAUGUUAUGCAAUUGACCAGCAGAAAUCAAGCAUAGGACAACCCACUAACAUGUACCGCAACCCCACCCCGGACCCGAACCCAUCCCCUACCAGCAACCAGGGAUUUUUCCAAACUUACCCACCGAAAGAAGACCACGGCAGAUAUCCGGUACCUAACUAUGGUAUCCCCCAACCCCACGCUUCAACUGCUGAUCCAUUUUACCCCAGCAGUUUAGGGGGCGAGUAUGGGUCCCAGUUUCCAGCCCCACCACCGCCCCAUCUUGACGCCGCAAAUUGGGGGCCUCCCGUGACGUAUUCGGGGGCUAAUUUUGCCCCAAUGAUGAAUUCAACAUGGGACAUGAAUUCGAACUUUCAUCCGACCCACCACCCCAUAAUAAGCAGUGCAGGACCGACAUACCAACUUCCUACAAACCUAUCCCCAACAUCAGCGGUGAAUGGCGACGGGAGCCCCGGGUCGGUUCCGACCACUUUGACGGGGAUUGAGUGCUUCUCAACCCCGCCGGAGAUGCAUGGAGCGCCCGGUCUACCUCCGCUGCAUGCGUCGCAGAUUCCACCGGCACAGCGAAGGCCGUAUGAGUGGAUAAGUAAGAACGCAUAUCAGAAUACUCAAACCCAGCAAGGCAAAACGCGAACUAAGGACAAAUACAGAGUAGUGUAUUCGGAUCAUCAAAGGCUCGAACUGGAAAAAGAGUUUCGUUUUAGUCGUUACAUCACGAUACGACGAAAAGCUGAGCUCGCCGGACUGCUUUGCUUAAGCGAACGUCAGAUCAAAAUCUGGUUCCAGAACCGCAGAGCAAAAGAACGGAAAGCGACGAAAAAAACUGGCGAACCGUCCAAAGAUUUUGACAAGGACGAAGCUGAAGCAGCCGAUGAUGACAUCACGGAUCACCCUAUGACGUCAUCGCCGAUCCAGCACAUGCAGAGUGGCUGCCAGUAUAUUCCACCCGAUUUAUCUCGCGAUCACGGGAUUUUGGAGUCGCGAGAUGGCGGUAUAGCGCACGCGUCGUUUUACGAAAUGCCCCAGCACGGAACAAUGAACUAUACGCAACUGAAUCCAAUGGAUAUCAAGCCCAUCAUUCCAACCGAAGCCCAUCGCUCUCUCUCGUCCACUAGCGAUGACGUAACGCACGGGCAACCCGUGAUGACGUCAUCACACGGCAACGGAAAUGACGUUUGAUGACGUCACACUGCACGCAGCGCGAUAUUGCAAUAGUUACCUCUGUAUUUAUUCGUUGUUCGCACGGGGCGUUAAAAACGUUCUCGGGACAUUUUCGCGUCGAUUUUUUCCUGAACAUUGCCGUUUUCUUUAACGUCAGUAUAUCGUAUAUGCAUACAAGCUAUUCCACCCUAACACUUGCUAAUAAAAGCGUUAGAGGACGCCGGAACUA